UGGCAAGGAAGUAAAUGUAGGAAGAAGCUGGGGGCCUAAGUGUGGAGAAUGACACAUAUUAAAGGAUUGGACUUGAAUGAAACGGCGCAGCGUCUGUCGUUCCCGAUAUCUUCACUUGAAGCCUCUCAUAUAUUCACAAGAACACCUUCGCUUGCAAAUAUCCUCUUCUCUUCCUUCCUUACCACUUCCAAUUUUCUUGGAUUUUUUUUCCAUUUUUUGUCCUAAAACUUCUCUUCCAACAACUCAACCCUAGCUUUGCUGGAGCUAGCUAAAUGGAGAUGUGACCAAGGAAAAGUAAAAGAAAAAAAAAAUUACAAAGAAUUGCUAGCAACCAUUCUUUUCUUUUUCUCUCUCUCUUUUUUUUUUGAAAGCCAAAGAAAAUUCCAAGGUUCUUUACUCGUUCCUGUCUCUUUAUCUAUCUAGUUAGAGUAAUUUUGUUUCUUUAGUUGUAUAAUUUCUCCUUAAGUUGUUUGUUUUUUAAGCUAAAAAAAAAUUUUAAAUUUGAUUUUAUAAAGCUUGUUUUUCAAUCUGGGAACAUAUACGUAUAAAAAUAAAAUCUUUUGGUACUUCUUGUUCUGGAAUUAAGGAGAGUUGAUCUAACGUACCUAUCUGUUUAAAUGAGCUGAAAAGUACAGAUACAAAGGGUAUUAGCUUUAUUUUCUGAGGAUUUAAUUAGAGAUGGAAAAUUGAUACUACAGUGACAUUUUUUGAGAAUCUAAUCUUAAUCUUUCAAGGAGUUAUAAUUAGUUGGUAUUUUGUUGUUGUUGCAGGUACCCGAUCUGUUUAGAAGUGAAGCUAAUUUCUUCGAUCGAAGCAGCUGUUGGAAGAGUUGCAGAUCUGUUGUGUGGCUUUGGAUUCUAUAAAACAUCUGUUUUUGUUUUUUUUUUUUUGUCUGAGAACUGGACUCCUAUAACAACAACCAACGUUGUUCAAAACUGUGGCUGCCAUUUUUCGGGCUAUGCUUUUGAAAGUACUGAAGCUGCUAAAGGCUUAAACGAGAGAGAGAGAGAGAGAGAGAGAGAGAGAGGGGGGAGGGGAAGGCUGGUCUCCUGACUUGGACCGUAUAUCAAAGCGUAAGAAAGGUCCUUUAUCACUAAACAUAGCCGAACUACUGUCUAUGCAAUCGUCAUCAAUGCAUAGGACAUGUCAACCCCGUCUUUCUAACAUUUCUCCCAAAUCCCAGAUUUUCUGUCUUUCUCUUUAAAGCUGAGAUAGAAGGUAUAUUGUUUGGGGUAGGUGAAGUUUUGAGUUUCUGAGAAAGGAAUGUAAGUGGUAUGGAGAUAGAUGAGAUUCAGACACAACAAGGUUCUAAGUUCUCAAGAGUUGGUAAUGGGAGAAGUGAGUCGAGCAGGAUGGGUCAGAAAGGUAGUGACAACCACUACCCUGAUGAUGAAGAAGGUAGAGAGGUCAUGAAAAGGGCUAGUGCAAAUGGAGGUGGAGGUGAUGCUCUAGCCGACACCGCUGCUGCUAAUCGGCUUCGAGGCUGGCACCAUUCUUCGAGAAUUAUUAGGGUUUCUCGAGCCUCAGGUGGGAAAGAUCGGCACAGCAAGGUUUGGACUUCAAAAGGGUUGAGAGAUAGGAGGGUAAGGUUAUCUGUCACCACAGCUAUACAGUUUUAUGAUCUACAAGACCGGUUGGGCUAUGAUCAGCCUAGUAAAGCAAUAGAGUGGCUGAUUAAAGAAGCUGCUGAUGCAAUUGCGGAGCUUCCUUCACUUAACACUUCAUUUCCCGACACCCCAAAGCAAUUGAGUGAUGAUGGAACUGAACAAGGGUUUGAUUCGGCUGAAGUAGAAUUAGAUGGCGAUCCGAAUAAUUACCAACAAAACCAAAGUCAGCAGCACCUUUCCUUGUCCAAAUCAGCUUGCAGUAGCACGUCGGAGACUAGCAAGAACUCGGGUUUAUCCCUUUCCAGGUCUGAGAACCGUGUAAAGGCCCGGGAACGGGCAAGGGGAAGAGUAGCAAAAGAAAAGGGGAAAGAGCAAGAGACUGACAUUGCACAUCAACAAAAUGUGAACCCCAUUUCUCAAAACUCUUCCUUCACUGAGUUACUUACCUGUGGCAUUGGCAGUGUUAGCAACAAUCACACUAGUCCUAGUCCUACAGGUUCAGCUCAUCAAAACCCCAGGCAGUGGUCUGCCACUCAAAUGGAUUACUUUACAAUGGGGCUCCUUGGACCUUCUUCUUCGAGAAACCAAUCUUCAGGGUUUCCAGGACAAAUGCAACAGCCACAACCGAUACUGAUGCCACCAUUUACUGUGUCGGGUGAAAACAAUCAAAAGUUGCAGCAUUUUUCGUUUGUUCCCAACACGGACCAUAUGAUCCCGGUGGCAACAGCACAACCGGUGCUAGGGAGUGACUACAACCUCAACUUCGCAAUCUCUUCCGGCAUUGCUGGUUUCAACAGGGGGACCCUUCAGUCCAAUUCUCCUCCUUUUUUGCCUCAUCACCUCCAGAGGUUUUCUUCUAUAGACGGAUCACCACCAGUGGAGAACCAUCACCACCAUUAGUUUCCAGUUGGAUUAGAUUGCCGUUUGCAGCUCGGUUACUGAAAACGUUUCCUCUUGGCACCAUAAUUUUUCCUGAAAAGAGAAGAUAGAAGAAAAGCUGCAGUGAGUGAAUGCGAUCCUUCCCCUGCAUUGGGUGAUAAAUACAUUUUAUUAUUGUGCUUCUGAAUAUUGUUAAUUAGUAUUUGUGGUUUAUCCAUUGGCAUAUUGGGGUAUAAUCGUUGUGUGUUUGCAACAAACAAUUGGAUUGAAGUUAUUGUUUUCCCUAUGCUACACUAUCCUUCUGAAAAUUGUCUAUAUUGUAUUUGGCAUCACCAAUGAAUUAAUUAUCUGCUUUAUAAA